UCCGCCACCACAGCGUAAUAAUUCAUUAAGUUUUUCAUCAAACGAACGAUAUUAUCCAUCAUUUGAUGAUGAUGAUAAUAAUAAUAAUAAUAACAAUAGUGGUAAUGGACAGAAUAUGGAUGAAAUACUUGAUGGAUGGUUAGCUAUCGGUAAUUGUGGUGGUGUUGUUGGUGUUACUUAUACGACAAUCGAUUCAUUACAUAUACAAAAUUUUAAACGACAAAUCAAUAAUAAUGGUGAUCAAACAAUCAAUAAAUCAACAAAUUUUAUGACAUCCAAUCAUACUUCGUUUGAUGAUAAUAAUAGUCGUAAUCAAUCAGCAAUAGUACCACAACGAACAAAUUUUAAUUUACGUGGUCAUCGUUCAGAGAUUGUAUUUGUACGUUGGAAUGAACCGUAUCAAAAAUUAGCUAGCUGUGAUCGUAAUGGUGUUAUAUUUGUAUGGAUCAAAUAUGAAGGUCGUUGGUCAAUCGAAUUGAUUAAUGAUCGUAAUACCCGUGUAACAGAUUUUGCAUGGAGUCAUGAUGGUCGUAUGGCAUUAAUAUGUUAUAUGGAUGGUUUUGUAUUGGUCGGUUCAGUAUCCGGCCAACGGUAUUGGUCAUCGAUGCUCAAUUUAAAUGGUUGUUCAAUUACAUGUGGUACAUGGACAGCAAAUAAUCAACAUGUUUUAUUCGGUACUUCUAAUGGUCAUCUAUUGGUAAUAUCUGUACACGGUGUAUUCAUAACACAAAUCAGUAUACAAGAAGGUGUCGAAAUAGCAAGUAUGAUGUGGUCAUGUCAAAAAUUUCAAUCAUCAACUAAACAACGACAACAACAAAAUAAUGAUUCAAUUUUAGCCGAUUUAAAUAAUAAUCAUCGUCAUCAGCAAUCAAAUGAAACAGUAACAGAAGAACAACAUGAAAAUCAUAUGUUAGCAAUAAGUUUUGUCGAUGGUACUAUUUAUUUAAUGCAAAAUUAUGAUGAAGUAUUUCCAACGGUCAUUGAAACAUCAUUGAUUAAUAUUAAAAUGGAAUGGUCAAUGAAUGGUAAAUUAUUAGCAAUUGGUGGUCAUCGUAUUAUUAAAUCAUCAGUGAAUGGAAUGUACAUGUAUCAUAAUAUAGUUCGAAUUUAUCGUCAUGAUGGUACAUUAAUUAGACAAUGUCAAUUAGAUUUUAAUUAUCAGCCAUUAUCAGCAUUAACAUGGGCUUGUAAUGAUCGUCGGCUAUUUAUUGCAUGUGGCCAAUUAUUAUAUGUUGCAUGGAUCAUUCAUGGGAUACCAAGUCUUUCAUUCAUUUCUGGAUUACAAGUUUAUAAUGGAUUAAAAGAUGAAAUAAAUAUUGAACGUUUACAAGUGCCCGAAUCAGUAAAAUUAUUAUUAAGUGAAUUAUUUACAUCGACAAUACAUUGUUAUCUACCUGAUUAUCAACAAAUUGGUAAAUUUGUAUUUAGGCCACCGGCUAAUAAUUUACGUUUACAUUGUACAUUGAUGAGACAUGAAACAACAACAACAUCAACGACAACAGCAUUAUCAUCAUCAUCCUUAUCGAUGAUCAAUCAUAAUCAUUAUCAACAGCAACAACAAUUAGAUUCAUCGAUAAUAAAUCAAUCAUCAUCGAAUAAUGAUGAUACAUUCUAUAUAUUAUAUCUUGAAUAUUUAGGUGGCCUUGUACCAAUAUUGAAAGGAAAACGUUCAUCAAAAAUUAAACCAGAAUUUAUUAUAUUUGAUCCACAACGCAAUUUAGAUACCAAUUCUAAAAUAUCAUCAAAUGCAUCCAAUCUUAUUAGUGAUAAUAAUUUUAAUUCACAAAAAAUUUCCAACACUACCGAUACAUUUCCUAAUGGUGGACGUUUUAAAUAUUUUCUACAGAAUUCUGUAUGGACAAGUGUUAGUGGUAAUCGUAAUUUAACAUCAACAACAACAACAACAUCUGAUAGUGAAAAUGAUAAUGAUAAUUCAUCAUCAACAUCUGCAUCAAUAUUAUAUCAUCUAACACCGAAAACUAGACGACGUUUACGUUAUUGUCGCACACCACAAUUUGGUAGCCGUAAUCGUCAUUAUAAUGAUGAUGAUAAUAAUAAUAAUAAUUUAGAAUAUCAACAACAGCCACAUCAACAACCACCAAAUCAAACACCAUGGAUUAAUGAUAAUACAUUGCCAGAAACGGAUAAAAUUGUUUUGAUUACAUCGAAUAUAUGGGGAACAAAAUUUAAAUUUCUUGGUAUGUCACCAAAAUUGCCGACAAAUCUAGGUUCAAUUACUUAUCGUACAAGUUUAUUACAUUUACAACCAAGACAAAUGUCAUUAGUUAUUAAAGAAUUAAAUGAUAAAAAUACAUUUACCAGCAAUUACAAUAACAAUCAUCAUCAUAAUAUUAUUCGACAUAAACAUUGUAGAAAUAAUGAACAACAACUGAAUAAGAAUAAUUCAUUUAACGGAAAUUAUUAUUAUUCAUCUGAUUCGGAAGAUGAAUUUAGUGAAUCACAACGAUGGAUGAUACAAAAUUCAUCAUCAAAUGAUCAAUCAUCAUCAUCAUCAUUAAUGAUACCACCAAUAGCACCAUUAAGUACAUUAAAAUCGGUAAGAAAUUUAAUGCUAAUGAGUUUGGAUAAUAUUCCAAAUCAGCCAUCAAUAAUGAAUGAAUCGAUCGAACAACGACAACAACAACAACAGAUAAUUCAAGAUGAAUUUCUAACUUUACAAAUUCAUCAAAAUGAUAAUGGUUUAGCAACAAGUUAUAAUGUUGAAAUUAAGCCAUCAUCAUCAUCAACAACAACUAAUCAUAAUAAUACAAUAAAUCAUCGACCAUCGAUUGUAUCGAUUGAUUCACCACCACCAACAUCAUCAUCAUCAUCAUCGGCAAUUGCAUCAACAUUUGUACGACAAUUUAAACAUCAAACAUUUCAAUCUGAAAGUCCUAAACAUGUUUCAUCAUUUUCACAACGUUUAUCACAUCAACAGCAGCAGCAACAGCAACAGCAACAAUCACAAGUUUCAACUUCAGGUAUUUCCUCAUCAUCAUCAACAACAACACAGCAACAAUCAUCAUCCCAAUCACCAAAAUUAUAUUCAUCACCAAAUAUUUCACCAAAUAAACAAAUAAUAAGAUCAAAAAUUUUAAUGAAAGAAUCAUCACCAAGAAAAUCAAGUGUUUCAUAUUGUUCAAAUGAAUUUACUAAAAAAAGUUUUGUUGGUUGUAUGAUGAAUGAAACGGAAACAUCAACAAUUUGUGAUAUUGUUGAAACUACUAUUGGUGCACCAUCUAGUGGAAUUAAUAAUAAUAGUAGAUGUCAAAAUGGUUAUCAUAAUCAUGAUGAUGAUUAUUGUAAUAAUAAUGAUACUAUUACAUCAUCAACAACUUAUCUGGUUAAAUAUAAAACAUGUAUAAAUGAAUCAUUGGCUUUAGCAUCAUCUGUUGAUUCAAAUACAACAACAAUACCUGCUGCUUCAUUAGCUGAUCAUAAUCAUAAUCAUCAUCAUCAUUCAUCCGUUGGUAAUCAUUCGAUUCGAAAUAAUAAUAAUCAUCAGACCAAAUCACAUCAUCAUCAUCAUCAUCAUCGAUCACAAUCAUUUCAAACGUAUCAUAUUUAUGAUGAUACUGAUCGUGUUAUUGUCAAAGCUAAUCCAUUGAAUUUAGAUGAUUCAAAUUCUAAACAACAACGACAAAGUAAUCAGAUGGUUGUUGAUAAUAAUAAUGAUGAUGAUGACGAUGAUUCAACUGAUCAAUAUAUUCGUAAUGUUGAACAAGUUGUACAAUCAUUGAGUCAAAAAUUACAGCUACAACAACAAUCAAAUAAUCAAAAAAAUCAAAUUGAUCAAAAUCAAUAUCAGCAACAAUAUGAUCCAUUUGCAAAUCUUAAUCAGCAACAACAACAUCUAUUUCGUAAUAAUUCAUUAUCAUAUGAUGAUGAUGAUAAUGAUCGAUCAUCAUCAUCAUUAUCAUCAACUACACAAUUACAUCAGACACCACGAAGAUUUGUAAAUAGUAUGAUUGGUGAUCAUAAUAAUCAAAAUCGAAGAAAUAUGUCGAUUACAAGUUUAGUUUCAUUGCCGCAACAACAACAACAGCAAUCAAAUCCAAUGGAUAGAUUAAGAUCGAUAAUGACAACAUCGAAUCAAAAUACAAAUAAUUUAUUAAUUAAUAAAAAUCGUAGUUUACCUUCAUCACCAUUAAUGGGAAUGAAUCGUAAAGAAUUGAAUCCGUUACCAACAAAUUCAUCGAAAAUGCAAUCAUCAAGACGAUCAAAUGGAAGGCAUUUUUUUCAUAGUCCAAAAGUUGUACGAAAAUUACGUCGAAAAUUAAGCUAUCUGGAUUGUAGUUCUGAAGAUGAUGAAAAUAAUACCAGCGAUGAUGAUGAUGAUUUGAAUUCGAUAGAAAAUCAAUCAACAUUGAAUAUGGAUCAAAAUGCUGAUGAUUUGAAUAAUAAUAAUAAUAAUCAAUUAAAAAUAAUUGAAAAGAAAAAAAAUGGUUAUCAAAAAUGUCGAAAAUUUUCAAAUAACAAUAAUAAUGAAAAUGAAACCAGUAAAAAAUUUAUAUUACAUAAUAAAGCACCACUUUGGAAUGAAAUAUCACAAGUAUAUCAAUUAGAUUUUGGUGGUCGUGUUACACAGGAAUCGGCUAAAAAUUUUCAAAUUGAAUAUCAAGGUCGACAGGUAAUGCAAUUUGGUCGUAUCGAUACAAAUGCCUAUACAUUGGAUUUUGAAUAUCCAUUUUCAGCCGUACAGGCAAUGGCUGUUGCAUUGGCUAAUGUUACACAAAGGCUCAAAUAAUAAUUUUAUUUAUUUUAUUUA